AUGGCAGGACCAAAAGGCGCUACGAUACCGAGCUGGCAGCAGGCGACUUCAGACAGCAGCAACACAGCCACGAGCUCAAUAGCAAAGACGGAGAGCAGGGAGACACUCCUCGAGCAGGCCAGGCGGUUUCUGCAAGAUGAAUCCAUAUCUGAGGCGUCCACGGACAAGAAAAUUGCCUUCCUCGAGUCGAAGGGGCUGUCAAACGACGAGAUACAUACCCUACUGGGUGUGUCCAGAAACACCGAAGCUACGGGCAGCACCAGCAACAAGACCGCCAACGAUAGCUCGACGGAAGAACCAGAAUCGCAGUCUACUAAAGAGACGUCUGAGAAAUCCUCGAGUCAAUCCACGCAGUCUCCAGCGACCGCGACUGCUUCAUCAUCACCAGCACCAGCACCAAGCAAGGACGUGCCUCCGAUCAUAACAUACCCCGAAUUCCUCCUACGGCAAUCUAGGCCACCACUUAUCACAUUCCAGAACUUCCUAUAUACACUAUACGGCACCGCUGGUAUCGCAGCCAGCAUCUACGGUGCAAGCGAAUACCUCGCCAAACCGAUGCUAGAGUCAUUAAACUGUGCUCGACAUGACUUCUCCCAGACAGUACAGGGGAAUCUCAAGACAUUCAACGAGAAACUUGAAGGAAGCGUGUCAAAGGUGCCAGAUGUAUUAACGUCACGGCCAAAGCGGAUAUCAAUGGAUUACGGAAGCGAGUAUGAUAACGAAUCAAUUACAUCCGACCCUACAGAGCUGUUUCAUCGAGAUAUAGCUACACAAACGACAGGCCUGCAGACCCCUGCUCCCUCGGAGACAGCGGUAGGAACAGAAGUACAAACAACAUCGCCGCAAGUUGUGAUAGAACAGCAUAUAUCUUGCCUACAGUCGCUUUCUUCAAGCCUGGGCAGUCUUGUUACGGCAGAGAAGUAUAGUGAUAGCACACAGGGCGAUGCAAAGGAUCGACUGUCAGAGUUACAAACCUACCUUGAUAGUCUGACAUAUAGCGCGCCGUUAUAUCUGACCUCCUCGUUGUAUGGGUCGUAUGACGACUCCGCUGAUGCGAAGAAGGCAAAUGGUGAGGAUGAGGCUAUUGCAGCGUUCAAGGCGGAGGUCAGAAGCGUUAAGGGAACCCUGUUGAGCGCGAGGAACUUUCCGUCUAGUAGCGGUGGAUUGAGGCGGUGA